UGGACAUGCUGGAAUCCCUUCAAGUGCUUACUCUUUUUUUCCCCUCCCUCUCCUAAUUAUUUAUUUGCGCAGAGCAAACACACGGUGGAGGUGGAUUUUUUUUCUUUUUUUUUUACUUUCUUCUUUUUGGGGUGUGCGCCCACAUGGCAGCGCCCACCAAGUUCAGCUUCUCCGUCCGGAGCAUUUUGGACCUGCCCGAGCGCCACCCGAAGACUGUGCCCGGGUCCUCGUCCCCUUUCUCGGCCGCGCGGUCGCCCUUGGACCCCCUCACCUCCAUCUCCGCCAUCUCGUCGUCUUCCUCCUCCUCCUCCUCUUGGAUGCUCGACUCGGACCCAAGCUCCUGCAUGUCCUGGGAUGAGGGCAGCAGCCUGGAGGCGUCGCCGGACUCCACCAAGCCGGACGAGCCGUCGCCGGACGCCGAUCCUCGGUGCGCCCCGGCAGGGUUGACGGCGGCGGAAGCAGCCAAGAAGCAGAAGAGCAAGAAGCGUCGCGUGUUGUUCUCCAAGGCACAGACGCUGGCGCUGGAGCGCCGCUUCCGCCAGCAGCGCUACCUGUCGGGCCCCGAGCGAGAGCAGGUGGCCCGCCUGCUCAGCCUGACGCCCACCCAGGUGAAGAUCUGGUUCCAGAACCACCGCUACAAGACGAAGAGGGGGCGGGGGGCGGCGCACGACCCGCAGGAGAUGCAGCCUCCGCCGCCGCCGGCGCCCCCGCCGCCGCUGCUACGCAGGCUGCUGGUGCCGCUGCUGCUCGGCGACGGGAAACCCUUCCGCGCCGCCUCAUGCGUGCUGGACUGCUCGGGAGCCUCCCCGAGGACGCUCCGCUGGCCCCUGGGCGCCUACCCGGGCCUACCGGGCCUCCAUCCGCCCGCAGCCGUGGCUCUGCCUCCGCGCCAUCAGCACUUGGAAAGCCCCGCGGCCUCCAGGGUCGCCUGGGCGGACUUGUGGGGCGACCCGGUCCAUUUUGCUUCGUUCAAGUGACAGGAACCAACUCCGAACAAACGCAACUUAUAGAUGAUGGGAGAUCUCUUUGCACAUUUUCUUUCGGCGUAUUUCCGCUACUUAAUUUUGUUUAUUUUAAAUGCUGUUCACAUUUUUGUAACUGUGGUAGCCUGUAGAUCUUUCUUUUUUUUACUAUCUGGUGCUAUAUGUAUGUUAUUUCGUUUGCUGAAUGAUGCUCAGUAUUAUGCAAAUUAGCCAUCAAUAUUAUAGAAUGGAUGUUUAAAGGGAAAACGUCUUCCUGAAGCAAAAUGUUCCAUAAAAGGUUCCAUUAUUCCUCUUGUAAAGGAAUGCAUAAAUAAACCAUUUGUAUAUGCU